CCGACCUAUUCCGGCAGUGUAUAAGAUUCGCCUUGCCCCUCUCACGCCAUGCAUCGUGACAGCAAGCGAGCAAUAUCAUCUAUUUUCUUCUCACAUCAUCAUCAUCAUCUUCUCUGAACAGGGUCUGCCACAAUGGACGCUCAGAGCCUGACGAUUUACAACCUGCCCUCCGCGAAGCCGAACUGGGACUCGCUCGGCAUCUUUUACAUCACGUUUGCCGCAGUAUGGACGUUUCUUGUCGUUGCCGGCAUGAUCUUCUGCCUGUACAAUCAACGCAUGCCGCUGCUGAGGGUCCGCAAUCUGCCUCUCUCGUUCGCUGCCAUCACGCUGCUGCACAUGUACUGGAUCAUGGCGCAGCUGGUCUAUCCGAUCGGCGCGACGAUGCCGGCCGUCGCGGCAUACGACGUGCAGUACCUGGUCAUGGGCAUCGUCUUCCCCCUCGGCAUCGCCCUCUUCCACGCCGCCAACUGGCGCUUUCUCCGCGUCGCGCAGCUGCAGCGAAAGCUGCUUGAGCCGGAGUACAAGCGCAAGAGCCGACGGCACGGGCUCAGCAAGGGCCGCUCGCUGCUCGCCCGAUGGCACAAUCUGCUGCUCGAGACCAAGGUGUCGGCGUUUAUCGGGCUGGCGAUGUUUCUCCAGGUGUCGGCUUGUCUGACGAUGUGGGCGGUCUGCCGGAAGUAUCACCCCGGGUUCGGCGCGCCGGGGACGGAGAUCACGGGGUCGAAUAUCCAGGAGCAAUUGACGAAUCUGGGUCGGGGGUGGGAGUGGUGGCCGACGGUGCUGUAUCAGCUCGUGUGGAUGUGGCUUGUGGCGCCGUACUUGAUCUGGAGGGCCUGGGGGAUUAAUGAUACUUUGGGAUGGCGUACGCAGACUAUCGGGUCGUGUCUUUCGGGUCUCCAUGCCGUGCCCAUGUUUCUGGUCGCCCUCUACGUGCCCGCCUUCGCAAAGGUGAACAUGUACCUUGGCCCAAGUCAAUGGAUCCAUCUCAACACCUUCUUCAUCGAGAUCUUCACCAUCUUCAUCCCCGUCCGCCAAGUCAUCAAGAUCUGGUCCCUCGGCAAACAAGUCAGCGACGCCAGCGAAAAGGACGACUACCCCUGGGCCGAGCCAACAGUCUACAUCCUCCGCCCCAAGCAAUCCAGCGACGCCCUCACCGCCGCAUCCGAGAAAUUCUCCUUCACCGACAGCAUCGAAAGCUUCAACCAGUUCGACGACAUCUUCGGCGCCCACCUCCUCACCAUGGGCGCCCUCGAGCGCUUCCUCGGCGAACACCCCCUCCACCUCCAGACCUUCUCCGCCUGCCGCGACUUCUCCGGCGAAAACAUCAUGUUCCUGCGCCGCGUCGCCGAAUGGAAAGACACCCUCCCCCAACAAACAGGCAGUCUGCUCGAAGGCCAGGCCCGCAUCGACGCGUACAACGCCGCGCUCGCAAUCUACCUCGACCUCAUCAGCCCCCAGGACGCAGACUUCCCGCUCAACCUCUUCUCCAAACAGCUGCUCGCCCUGCAAGCCGUCUUCGAGGACGCCGCGCGCGCGAUCCGCCGCGGGCCCCGUGUCGACGUUGUCCUGCCGUUUGACCAGCGCUCGCUGCACAGCAACGCGGAGCUCUCGCCUAGCAUUGAGCCGACGGUCGAUUCGCUGGCGGAUAUCCCGCAGGGGUUUAAUUCUGAGGUGUUUGACUCGGCGCUCGUGUCGAUUAAGCGGCUUGUGCUGGAUAAUACGUGGCCGAAGUUUGUGGUGGAGAUGAGGUCGCGGAGUGCGAGUUCGAAGUGCUCGAGCGGGCGGAGUGUGUGAUGGUGCUUGGGCGGAUUGCGGAUUGUGGAUACGACGCAUGGUGUGAUAUGGGAUAUGAUUGUGUAGGCUUGCACGCUAUGCACGACGGGAUGUCUUUGUUCCUUUUGUCAUGAACAUGAGGGUAUCACAACCAACGACCGGCAUGUCGAUCAUGCCAACAUCCUCCGGUCGGCAAAGCUGAAACCGACCGACGACACCAGCAAAGAGGUGUGCUCGAUUUGGAGAGAACCUCCCAAAGGGAAUUCGAAGGAGGGAGAAGGAGAGAGAGAGAGACAAACAGACGUCGAAACGAGGCCGUCUGCAAAGUCACACAGCAAGACUCUGUAAACAACACAAUGUGUAAAUUAAUAUCAUAAUGGCUUAAUGGGAUAAUGGUAUUUGGCAUGGACGAGAUUACGUCUAGAUAAGACAGAGAUGUAGAGAUAGACAUGUAUCAAUUAGAGCGCGCAUAUAUGAAGAAAUCAG